AUGCCCAAGGAAUGUACAUUCCGUGUACUCAACCGGUAUGACCACCCAACGCUCCGCCCACACGAUGCUCUACAUGUUCUGGAACGCUUCGCAGCGUCGUUUCAAACACCCCAUCCUUACGAGGGCUUCGACAGAAUGUUAGCCCUUUCUCCGCAAUCAGGUCUCUCCCAAAUUCCGUCCAGAGCCCAUGGACCAAGGGAUCUAUACUAUUCUCCUGACGAGAUUGACGCUAUUCUUGGUCGAAUACUUGGACCAGAAGGAGACCCUUCCAAUUCCCUUCACAUUUAA